GGUCGGUCUCAGAUUAAAAAAAAUAAAGUCGAUUUGAAAAGUUAGUUGACAAUAUCCUGUUUGUAAAAUGGAGAAGGAUCAAAGCGAAAACCAGGAGUCCGUUAAUGACUUCGAGGAAGAGCAAGAUAGCCUGCUAUGUAAAGAGCAGCUGGAGAGUGACCCAGAGAGCAAGGCUCAGCUGGGUCUGAGGCUGCAGCUGUCCUGUGAGGAGGAUGAGGUGGUGGAAGAGGCUGUGGUGAAAGAUGUGAAAGCAGAGGCAGAGGAAGAGGAGGAGGAGGGGAUCAGGAGGGAGGUAACGGAUGUGAGGGAGACCCCCCCCAUGUCUGCCUACCGCACGGUCAUCAUCGACAGUGAGCAGGCGGGGGGCGGACCAGAGGAGAGCAGCGUGGUGAGCUCAGAGGAGGACUUCUGUAUGCUACAGGUGGAGGGUCGCGGGACCCCCAGGGGGAGUGGCCAGUUCCUUGGCCAACCUAGCAUGGAACCCGAGAGCCAGAUGAACUUUGUCACUGUCUGUGGACGAGUAACAGGACUGUUCGACUCCCGGAGGAGGGAGCAGGCAGAAGAAGAGUUUUCCAGCUUGCCCACCCCGUACUGCCAGCAGAACACCUCAGGCUCAUACCACGAGGAGGAGCACACGCCACAGCUGGGGACCAAGAGGCCUCGGCAAGCUGCAGCGAGUCCGGCUCAGCAGCAGACGGAAGGACCCAUAAAGCUAGAGCAAACCGAGGCUUCGUCCAGUGACCCUGCCUUGGUGAUCCCCUCCAAAGUGCUUAACCUGACCGAGUUUCAACCAGUUGACCUCAAAAUCAACUCUGCUUACGUCACUCGACGCCAUACCCGCUACUCCAGCCGGGCUAAAGUCUUCCCAAACUACAGGGCAGCCGGAGGUGGGGCGGCCCUGGGAGACUCGAGGGACGGUCUGAAACAGGAUGAGUUAGCCGACAGCGGGCUCAUGCCUCCUGUUCCCAAGAAGAAGACAAGGACCCUCUACACCACUGAACAACUGGAGGAGUUGGAGCGCCUGUUUCAUGAAGACCACUAUCCGGAUGGAGACAAGCGCAAAGAGAUUGCCGCAGCGAUAGGCGUCACACCCCAAAGGAUCAUGGUCUGGUUCCAGAACCGUAGAGCAAAGUGGAGGAAAACGGAGAAGAGCAACCUGAAGCAGGAGAAGAAGUCAUCUGCUAGUAGCAUGGCAGUCACACUGACCAGCACCAUUGCAGUGCCCCAAGUGUCCAGCCAUAUUGCCCUCACAGCGCCCCCUGCUGGAGGCGGUGUGCUGGCUACAGUUCACAGCCAGCCCAUUGUCCCACGGAUUGUCCCACAGCCGAAUCAGAGUCACUUCAGUGGAGUGAUGACCACCUCCUCCAGCCCUCCUGGCCUGAUGAUCACAGGACACAGAAUGGCUGCAGAGAUGGGACAGGCUACACUGGCGUCCGCUGGCCAGCAGGGGGCACCGAUGGAUUACCUGCCGUGCAUCCCCAGCCCUCCCCCUCUGCGUCGUGCCAGCUUACCCCUCGGCACCUCCUUCAACCCCACCAAUCAUAUCAUCCCCCUGAUGUUGGACACCCCUGAAAGCUCAGGCACACAGGGCUCCCAGGAGGGCCCCCCCAGGGAAGGCCUGAGCUACAGCCUGCACAGCGAGAGCUCUGGAUCAAAUACCUCCUCACUGUGUGACUACAAUGAACAUUUGGGCACCUCCGUGAAGGUGGACACACAGCAUUAUCUCCACAGCAACCCGGGCACCAAUCAGCUGGCUUCUUACCAGCUGAGCUCGUUUCCACAGCAGCACAGCAACCUGCUGCCUACCCAUAGCCUGAACUCUGGCCAGCUCCCCCAGUACCAGCGCCUGCCCUAUCUCAACACCAGCUGCCCCCCAAGUGCCAGCCUGGCACCCACCCCACCUGUGGACUCCAACCCCUCCUACCUCGCUUUUGGAGCAGCUGGCAACACUGGGGUCAUGACCUAUGCCUCAGGAGGCCGUGCCUACUUCCAGACACAGGGAGGCAACCAGAUUCUGCUGCAGCAGGGAGUCCACGGGGGAAUAACAACCUUUCAGGCCUUUCCGUGGAACGACAUAUACGGCCAGCCCAGCCAGUACGCCCCUACACUCUAUCAGAGAGCGCCGUACCAAGGCCUAGCCCGGGAGCAAAGCCUGUAUCAGCAGGCCCCAAGCCUGAUGCCAACCCAGCGUUAUAUUCAGGUCCAGAGGCCCGCUGCAGGGUCGGCACAGAACCUUUUCCAGGGGACCCAAAGAAUACUCCCUGCUCCAGCUGUGUACCAGCCUCCCCGGCCCAUGCGGGCUGAAUUCCCGGCCCCGGAGAGCUCCGAAUGUCAGGACACGCCAGCUGGGACAAAAGAGCCGGACUCCAGCAACAGUAAGUCAGACUGCGACUCCGUACAGCAGACGCUUCCCGAGCAAGUUACAAGCCAGCAAGCCCGAGGCACGGAAUCCGACACGACAUUCGAGUGUGACUUUUCACCCAUUCACUUCUGAAUGCUUAUCUAAGUUUGUUUUCUGUUACCUUGUUUUGUAUUUGGACCUGGGCAUUUUGCUUUCAAUUAAAAGGCUUGGCUGA